CAUUAUAAAAUUCAUGUUUCUCCUAUUAUUUCAACGUAGAAAUUUUAUGUAUAAGUAUCAGCAAUAUCUACAAGAUAUAUACAUAUUCACAAACAUAGAUAAGUAAAAGACAAAUAAUGAAAUAAUGAAAAGGAAUGUCUCUUUGAUUAAAUGUAUUCCCUGUGCAGGCAAUUAACAUUAUCUCUCACAUUCAAUAUUUAAGUUGAAUAAAAAUAAAUAAUUUGUGAAUGUAAUUUCAUGCCAUAAUUCAAUUAUAUAUGAACAUUUGAGCUGAGUUCUUGCACUUAGUAUAUUGACCAAACAAAACCUAUCAUUUCAUAUCUUUUCAUAGCAGGACAGUUAUCACUGGUCAGUCUAGAGAUGCAUAACCAUGUCUUGGUAUUUUUUCUUUUGAUUACCAUUUUCGCAGGUGCAGCCCAGUGUGAUUUACAAAAAAUUCUAGAACGUUUAGCUGGUCCGCUCGGGUUGAAAGAUUCUGGACAGAUAAAACGAGGGAAAGACUGCGUGAUUGACUGGUCGUUUGAAGGCAAGCCUGUUGGAUUUGAAUUGAAAUUUGAAGGCAUCUGCUCUGAUUCUUGUACAAAAGAAAAAGAGAUCGUUUAUUAUUCCAGUAGAAAAGGAACAAUAGAUCACUGUCUUGAAAAUCUAAAGAACAAAAUUAAAAAGCACGAAGAAUUAUGAAUCAUUUUCAUAAGACUUUGAACAGGUCUGAGUAAAAUGUUGAAAUCUUCUUUGUCAGUAUCCAUUUUCUGGUUUUGGAGUUAUGCUUCGGGAAAAAAGUGUUUUAACGCGUUGCAAAGAGACCAUUACUGUACACCAUCACCACUCCUCAUACUAACUUCAAAUGUAUAUAUGAUUGCAUAUGGUAAACGUGAUAGUUUUUCUCUUAAGUGUUUAUAUCUGAUUUUGUAAACAUUAUAGAGACCAUGUACUAGUAAAAUGUUCAGGUGUAUGGGAGAGUUUUAAACAAGCUUAGAUUUUUUCAACUAUCCUUUUUGUAAUUUACAUGUAUUUGUAACUGUAAAAGUAAAUAAAUGUGUAUGUUUCUGCUUUUAUAUGUGUCGUCAACUAUUUUUUGCAGUCAGUACCAGAUGCAUGACAUAUUUAAUAAGAAUAACAUCUGCAUCUUUUGAGUAUUUUUGAUGUAGAAAUGUCGGAUGAGACAUCUCUGCACUAAUGGUUAAAUAUUUAGAACUUGCCGCUCAAAUAUGUUUCGGUUAGGAUCGAGCUCUGUAUAAUAAACCUUGACCAAACACUG